AUGACUCUCUUUAUUCUUACCGAGACCAGCGCUGGUUAUGCUUUGUUGAAGGCCAAGGACAAGAAGCUCCUCAAGCGUGAUGAUCUCGAUAUCUCUGCUGAGGCUGCUACUCCUGAGGGAGUUUCAAAUUUGCUGAAGUUGAAGUCCUUCCAGAAAUUCGACAGUGCUGCUACUGCUGUUGAAGAAGCCACUGCUAUUGUUGAAGGAAAAGUCACUCCCCGCCUAGCCAGCUUACUCGACGAGAUCAAAGAUGAGAAGAAGAUUUCUCUUGCAGUCGCCGACCCCAAGCUCGGCAAUGCUAUUGGAAAGCUCCCAGGUUUUGAUCUCAAGAUCAUCGCCAACUCUUCUACUGCCGAGCCCUCUCCUACUGCCGAAAUUUAUCGCGCAAUUCGCGAGCACCUUCCCACGCUCAUCCCAGGACUUGUCCCUGAAGAUAUCUCUGCCAUGGCACUUGGUCUCUCACACUCAUUGGCCCGUCACAAGCUCAAGUUCUCCCCAGACAAGAUUGAUACCAUGAUCAUCCAAGCCAUCGCUCUCCUCGAUGACCUCGACAAGGAGUUGAACACAUAUGCCAUGCGUGUAAAGGAAUGGUACGGCUGGCACUUCCCUGAGAUGGCCAAGAUCAUCAACGACAACAUUGCCUAUGCUCGCGUCAUUUUGAAGAUGGGUAUGCGAACUGAAUUUGAAACUACCGACUUGAGCGAUAUUCUCCCCGAGGAAAUCGAGGCUGCUGUUAAAAAUGCCGCCGAUAAGUCCAUGGGUACCGAAAUCAGCGCCGAGGAUUUGGACAACAUCCAGGCUUUGGCUGAGCAGGUUGUUGGUUUCUCCGAGUACCGCCAGCAGCUCGCCAGCUACUUGACUGCUCGCAUGACCGCUAUUGCACCCAACCUGACAGCGCUCGUUGGUGAGCUUGUCGGUGCUCGAUUGAUCGCCCAUGCUGGUAGCUUGAUGAACCUUUCCAAGAGCCCUGCCUCCACUUUGCAGAUUCUCGGUGCCGAGAAAGCCCUCUUCAGAGCCUUGAAGACGAAACACGACACUCCUAAAUAUGGUCUCAUCUACCACGCAUCCCUCAUCGGACAAGCCACUGGUAAGAACAAGGGUAAAAUGGCUCGUAUUCUCGCUGCAAAGGCUUCUCUUGGAAUUCGCGUGGAUGCUCUUGCUGAGUGGGAGGAGGAUGUUGCUGAAGAGGAGAAGGCUGCUCUUGGAACUGAAGCUCGAUUCAACCUUGAACGCAAAUUGGCCGGUAUGGAAGGAAAGCCUCUUAAGCCCAGAGGUGUCAACAUCGCGCCUAACGGCAUUUCUUCGCAACCCAAGAAGUUUGAGAUUAACGAAGCUCGCAAAUACAAUGCCGAUGCUGACGCACUGAGCGGUAAUGAAGAGCCUGCCGCCGUAAAGUCCAAGAAGGAGAAGAAAGAGAAAAAGAAGGUGGUUGAAGAGGAAGAAGAGUCUGAGGAUGAAGAUGAAGAGAUGGAAGAUGCCGAGGACUCAGACGACUCAUCUGCUAAACCGACCAAGAAGUCCAAGAAGAGCGAUGACGAGACCGAGAAGUUGGCCGCUAAGGCUGGCCUCAGUGUCAAGAGAUACCUCCGCAAGCUGGAGCGCGGUGAAAUCACAUUUGAUGCAGAAGGAAACCCAACAGCCAUCAGCAAGAAGGACUUGAAGAAGGCCAAGAAAGAAGCCAAGAAAGCCGCCAAAGAAGAUGGCAAGAAGCGCAAGAGAGAUGACGAAGAUGCCGACGACAAGGCCGAGAAGAAGAAAAAGAAGAAGAAGAGCAAAGACUAA